AUGAUCCGCGAUCUCUCACGUCACGACGACAAUAUCACCGACUGGGACGCGGCAUUCCACGUCAUCGUCAGCUUCUUCAACCUCACGAUGGAUAGGUUCUACUCCUUAUUCGACGCGGCACAAGCCAAUGCAGACAUGCAGGAGGUGGAAGGCAUGCUGGAGAAGUGGCAGAGGGAGAAGCCGGUGUUUGAUGGGAAAUACCAUAGCAUUCAAUCGGUGAUCUACAGGCUGCGGAAGUCGCUGGAUAGACGCCAGCACAGUGAGAGACAGCGGCAGCGGAUGGAGGAAGGGCAGCUGCUUCAUGCCGAGUUCUUCCCUCCAGUGGCGCCAACGAUGGAGGAGGUGCUGUGCAAGGCCUCGCUAUACCUGCCACACAACCACCCCAGCGAGCCGCACCACCUGCCAGCGGGCUCGGUAGCCCGCCACGUGGACAUCCACUUCCGCCUGCUGCGCCACGAUUUGAUUUCCCCCCUCUGGAGCAAGGCGCUCUUCCUCCUCCACCACCUCAACCACGAGUCCUCCUCCCGGGAUGCUCGUGGUGGCGGGGGAAGUAGCAGCAGGACCAGCGGCGGCGGCGGCGGCGGCGGCGGUGGUGGGGGCAGAGGCGGCAGCAGGGAGGAGGCGAUGGGGCUGUUGAGGGCGGACAGGGAGUUGGUGCGGGGUCUGACGGACGACAUGAAGGGCGUGGUGGGGUUUUCUUCCGAAGACAUGGAUGUGUAUCUGCUCAGGGAUGUGCGUGUGCUGGGUAUUGACACGGACAGGCGCAGCGGCGUGCACUUUCUAGUUGACUUUUUGGAACCUCCCAUGCCACGGGGCCGGAAUGCUCAUAAAAGCAGGCAGCAACAGCCGCAGCAACAGCAACAGCAAAUCCCCCCUCCGAGGGACACUCAAAAUUCAGCAAGUGAUUCCUCCUCCCACCGGCUCAUCUUCGCCACCAUCACAGCCCGCGAAACAUGGAGGCUUGCCACUGCCAGACCACAGAUCGGGGUGCAGCCGUGCGGGGGCGACGGGUUCAGUGCGGACCUGCUGGGGCUGAUAGCUCAGGACGGCAACAGGGGGAGUGACGGGAGUGGCGGGAGUGGCGGGAGGACGCAGGUGGUGAUGCUGGAAGCGGCUGGAAGCUUCUUUGCAUAUGAGCCGAUUCUGAAGGCGCUGCAGAGCAUUACUGACACGUCACUUCCCUUCUCUGAGUACAUCUGUGGGGCACCUGAAGGGGCACCUGUUGGAGCACCUGGGAGGGCACAUGGAGCGUAUAAGCUGCCUGCUUACAUCAAAGGAGGGAUGAUGUACGACUUGAGCCUGCUGCUCAAGACCAAGGCACCACCCUCCUCCUCCUCCCAGCAGCCACAGACUGAUCCAGAGGACGAGUUCGCCAUCCGGAACGUGAUGAUCUCCAGCCCUGCGGCCUUCCCCAUGGAUGCCCUCCUGCGCUGCACGUCGCUGGACGAGCCCCAGACUGCGGCACUCCAGGCUGCUCUCACUCAGGAGUUCGCACUGCUGCAGGGCCCCCCAGGAACCGGCAAGACGUUUGUUGGGAUAAAGCUUGUGGAGCUUCUGCUGAGCAAUGCUCUCAAGAAGAGCACUUCGUUGGAACUGUUCGCUCGGGGCAGGGAGGUGGCCAGGUCAGCAGGGCCCAUCCUGUGCGUGUGCUUCACCAACCACGCACUGGAUCAGUUCCUGGAGGGCCUCAUCGCCAGCGGCAUUAAGAACGUGGUGCGCGUUGGAGGAAGGAGCAAGUCAGAGAUUCUGCAAGAGUACAACCUUCGCGAGAUUAUCCUAAAAUCUGGUCCGCAGCGCAGCAAAACGCACAGGGAGUCAAGCUACGAGGUGAAAGACAGAUUGAGGGAGAUGGAGGAGGUGAUUGGCCGGUACAGCGAUGCGCUGCAGCAGCGCAGCAACAAUGUGGCGGGUGUGGCGUGGGGCUCCAUCGCCCGCCACCUCAUGGCCAACCACCCUGUUUUCUUCCGGGCGCUCGGCCCCACCGGCAAGGCAGCAGAUGGUUUUCAGCAAGUGGGGCGAGACAACUGGGACCGGUGGAAGCAAGGCUUACCCAAGAAAAGCUUUUCCGUCAAGAAGGUUGCUGCUGAGACAGGGGGGGAUCAAGGUUAUGUAUCCGUCAGUGGGACAGGAGGCAAAGGAGGAGGAGGAGGGGGAGGAAAGGCGGGAGCCCUGCCUCAAGGAGGGAGAGGGGGAGUAGGGGGGGUAGGGGGAGUAGGGGGAGUGGGAAUAGGCGCUUCUGGACGCCAGGCUCCGAUGCAGAACGCUUUUGGAGCCCUGGGAUUGCUUGGUGAUCUGGAGUUGGGGCAAGAGUGGGAUAUAAGCGGUGUGAAGAAUGGCCUAGUAGGUGCGGAGCUGAGUAAAAUGGUGGGGUUGAUGGGUUCGUACUUUGAUGGUGGUGGCAGUGGUGGUGGGUAUUCAGUGUCAGGCACGGCAUUUGACGGCUCGUGGCUGAGCCUUGCUCCCUCUAGCGGAGCGAGAGUGGCAGGAGGGGCAGGAGGUGCAGGAGGGGCAGGAGGUGCAGGAGGGGCAGGAGGUGCAGGAGGGGCUGGAGGGGUAGGAGUAUUUCCUGCGAAGGAGGAUCUCCCACACACGUUCGGUAACUUGAGUAUUCACAAUGGCAUGCGACUUGAAGGCGGCAGGGGGAGCACAGGCAGCAGGCAGGAGCACGGGAGCAUGGGGAAGGUGAUGGAGGAAGAGGUGGAGGAGGAGGAGGUGUGGCCAGGUCCGGAGGUGGAUGAGGCGAGUGACAGGGGUGUGGAGGAGCUGUUGGGGUUGGCAGACCCGUGGGCAACGAGUGGGCGGGAGAGGAGGAAGCUGGUGGCGUUCUGGGUGGGGGAGCUGCGCGCCACUGCCACUGCUGCUAUCGAGGCCGAGGAAGGUGGAGGACCUGGAAGGACGAUGAGGGAGCGCAGUGAGCUACGGCAAGUGGAGGACCUGCAGGUGCUGAGGAGGGCGCAGGUGGUGGGCAUGACCACGUCUGGGGUGGCCAAGAUGCAGCGCCUCAUCACGGCGCUCGGCCCGCGAGUUGUCAUCGUGGAGGAGGCUGCUGAGGUUUUAGAAGCCCACAUCCUCACGUCCCUCACCCCGCAGACACAACACAUCAUCCUUAUUGGUGACCACCUACAGCUGCGGCCCAAGGUGGAGGUGUACGAGCUGAGCAAGGACUCCAAAAGAGGCUUCGACCUGGACGUCUCUCUCUUUGAGCGCCUGGCCCACUCAAAGCAGAUCCCUGUGUACACGCUCGCCACGCAGCGCCGCAUGCGCCCUGAGAUCGCUGACCUCAUUCGCUACACCAUCUACCCCGGCCUGAAGGAUCACCGUUUCGUGCAAGGGUACCCAGACGUGAGGGGCAUGGCGGCCAAUCUGCACUUUUGGGACCACGGCUUCCCUGAGACAGGCAGGGACGACCUGGGGGAGGGCAAGUCCAAGUCCAACGCGGGCGAGGCAGCCAUGGUGGUGGCCCUCGCCACCUACCUCCUGCAGCAGGGGUACACGGGGGGCGAAGUCACCAUCCUCACGCCCUAUGUGGGCCAGCUGCUGAAGCUGCGCCAGGCGCUUUCUCAGGUGGUGAACGUGCGCCUGGGGGAGGGGGAUGCGGAGAAGGUGGAGGAGGCAGAGGAGAAGGCGGCUACUAGGGAAGGUGCAGCUGGGGGGGAGGCGGCUGGGGGGGCAGGAGAGGCGGCCGCGGGGGUGGGGAGUUCAGCUGCGAAGGGGAAAGGGUUAGAGCCAGAGUUAGCUGCGCCUAAAGUGACCACUGCGGAUCUGAAGGAUGCGGUUCGGCUAGCCACUGUGGACAAUUUCCAAGGCGAGGAGAGCACGGUGAUCAUCAUCUCCCUCGUACGGAACAACGUGGAUGGCAAGAUCGGGUUCCUCAAGAGCCCCAACCGCACCAACGUGCUGCUGUCCCGCGCCAAGCACGGCAUGUAUAUCAUCGGCAAUGCCAGCACUAUGAGGGCGGCUACGUCCAAGUCGGUCCUCUGGCCUCGGAUAAUGGACAUGCUGGAGAGCAAGGGGCGCGUGGAGAAGUUCAUUCCGCUGCGCUGUGUGAACCACCCGGACACGGUGACGCACAUUGAGAGAGCCGGGGAGUUUAAGGAGAAGGCCAGCGAGGGCGGAUGCUCCCAGAUGUGCGGCUUCCGACUUUCCUGCGGCCAUACUUGUCCCCGCAGGUGCCACAGUGACGACAGAGCGCAUGCCCGUGCGUUCUGCCCCAAGGAGUGCAACCGGAUCCGCCCAUUGGAGGAGUGUCCGCACCAGCACACGUGCCCCAAGCAGUGUGGCGAGGCCUGUGGGCCCUGCCUCGUCACCACCAGGGAACUCACACUCCCCUGCGGCCAUCAGGCGUUCCAUGUGCCGUGCUACAACGUCCAGAAUCCCUCUUCCAUCUUCUGCUCAGUAAUGGUGGAAGUCACGAUGCCCCUGUGCGGGCACAAGCAGACAGUCAAGUGUGGCGAGGCCGCCACCAGAGUAACCAAACCUGAGCUCUGCACGGCUCGCUGCGGCGUUGUGCUCUCAGACUCCUGCGGGCACACCUGCAUCUCUCCCUGCGGCCAGUGCAUCGUUGCUCCAGCUGCUACCACCGACCAGGGGCAGGGCUCACAACAGCAGCAGCAGCAGCAGCAGCAGCAGCAGCAGCAGCAGCUAGAGAGAAACCACAAGAAGUGCAUGCAGCCAUGCCAGCGCCCGCACCCCUGUGCGCACCUCUGCCCGGACCCCUGCCACAGCGGCACGCCCUGCAAGCCCUGCACCAGAAAGUGCCUCGUGGCUUGCCAGCACAGCUCCUGCCCCCAACCCUGCCACCGAACCUGCGCGCCCUGCGCCGAGCCUUGCGGGUGGCACUGCAAGCACCAGGGCCGGUGCUCGCUCCCCUGCGGCGCCCCCUGCAACCGCCUCCCGUGCGAGCAGCGGUGCGAGAAAAAACUCAAAUGCGGCCACCAGUGCCCGUCCCUCUGCUCGGAAAAAUGCCCUCCGAAGGCCUACUGCGCAGUUGCUGGGUGCGGGGCUAAGGAGAAGAGAGAGAUGAGAGUGGAUCUGGUCACUCUGGAGACGCUAGGGGAGAUUGAUCCGGACGAGAGUCCCGUCCUGGUGCUGCCGUGUGGUCAUACUUACACUGUGGAGACUCUGGAUGGUCACCUGGGGCUGAACCAGGUUUACCAAGAGGCAGAAGCCGGGUCUGCUGGUGGUGGCAGCAGUGCUGCUGGAGGGGCUGCUGGAGGGGCUGCUGGAGGUGGGCUGGAAGCAGCUGCAACUGCACCCAAGUGGGUGGCAGUGCGGCCGUUUGACGAUGGCGGCCUGUCCGCCCUCAAGGGCUGCCCGGAGUGCCGCCAGCCGAUCACUGGGCUGCGCCGGUACGGCAGGAUGGUGAACAAGGCGCUGCUGGACGAAUCAGAGCGCAAGUUCACCCUCAGCUGCCUGGCCGACCAGCAGCAGCUGCAGCAGAAGCUGUCCAAAUUAAGCCAGGCCAUAUCUGCCUGCCCUGAGGCUGCCCAAUCCUGGCAUGUGCAACAGUUAGCUCGGGCUGCGACCUUUCUAAUAAUGCAGGCAAGCAACGUGCGAGACACUGCUAUGAAACCGCCUACCCAGCAGACGUACCAGGCUUGUGUGGCUGUGCUGCAGAGAAAGCACCUCCAGUUGUUGGGCUUGUCGUCCGGAGCUGAUGCUGAUUCGCCUGCGUGGGAGGAGGAGUGCCAGCUGCUGUAUGUCCCCCAGCCACAAACCGGGCCCCUCUGUGAAGCCCUCCUGCUGCUGGGGAAAGCCUUCCAGCUGCUCAUGGCUGCCAAUUUCCUCGCGCUGCGCUGCCUGCUGAAAGAACUCCAGAAUCUGGUUCCUCGAAAUGCGCGUCCGAAUGCUCGUCCGAAGGCUGGUCAAAGUGCUGGUCAGACUGAUAAGAACAGCACUGAUAGAGCAGCGUUCUUGGCCGGGUGGGUGGAGAAUUGCAGGGCUGUUGUGCUGAUGGGGCUGCGGAACGCAGAGAAGCAUGUGGGGGAGGCGGUGGAGUGGGCUGGGAAGCGCAGGGCGCACCGGCUGGAGGCGAGGGGGAGGCUGGAGCUGGCUGAUGUGUUCCGUGCGUUCGUGGAGGGAAUGAUGGCGGAACGCCUGCUCUCGACCUCCCCUGCUGGGCUGGAUGAGUCAAGGAAGCAGCAGCUGGAGUAUCUCGAGAGGGCCAAGAUGCAGUGUCACAUGGUGGCCUCUCACCACCUAGCCUCGGUCAGAGAGAAUGACAGCCUUGGUGGCAGCGCUCGGAGAAUGCUCGAGAAAGACUUGCGUGGGCUGGAGCAAUCUGUUCGCGACGAACUGCGGUACUUCGCUGUGACCGAACGCGAGAAGGCGGAUAUCUUCAAGGCGAUAGGCUUGGGAGGGGGUAGCUGGUACCGGUGCCGCAAUGGGCAUGUGUAUGUGAUUGGGGGGUGUGGCAAGGUGAUGGAAGAGGCAAGCUGUCCUGAGUGUGGGGAGGUGGUGGGUGGGACGAAUCACAGGCUUCGAGAAGGUAACACCCCGGCCACUGGGUUCUUUAACAGGGUUUGA